ACGGAGGAAACAAAGUCCCACCCAGCGGCCUGAACUGGCCAAUGAGCAGGGUGCUCUGUUAUGGGGCUAGUAACUGCGGAUCUUUCUAUGGUAGCGGCUGGCCCGCCGAGUUCCUGCAGCGUUUUGUCGUGUGGUAGAAGCGAGCCCCCUCUGCCUCGCCCUCUGCCCCUGCCCCCGGUCUGAGCGGGGUGGUCCGGCCGCGGCGAUGGCGGACGCCGAGCGCGACUACUUCCUGCGGGCGGUGCAGAGGCGCGACGGCUCCCCGCUCCGGAUUAAACAGCACUGUGCCGGCGACGUGGGCUGCGUGGUGUGGGACGCGGCGCUAGUGCUGGCCAAGUAUCUGGAGACGAGUUCCUUCUACCGAGGCAGCGCUCAUGUCUUUAGCGGGAAGAGUGUGGUGGAACUGGGCUCUGGGACUGGAGUCGUGGGCCUGAUGGCCUCCACCUUGGGGGCAAAUGUCAUACUCACAGAUCUUGAAGAGUUGCAGGAUUUGCUCAAUAUAAACAUAAAGGAUAACAAGCACUUGGUCACUGGUUCUAUCGAAGCCAAGGUACUUAAAUGGGGCGAAACUGUGAAAGACCUCCCAUCUGAACCAGAUUAUAUCCUUGUGGCUGAUUGUAUUUAUUAUGAACAGUCUUUAGAGCCAUUGCUGAAGACUAUCAAGGAUAUUUCAGGAAACAAGACUGCUAUCAUUUUAUGUUAUGAAGAGAGGACAAUGGGUAACAACCCUGAAAUAGAGAGCCAAUUUUUUGAGCUCUUGCAGAUUGAUUUUGAAAUAGAAGAGAUUCCACUGGACCAGCAAGAUGAGGAAUAUAGAAGUGAAGACAUUCAUGUUUUACAUAUAAAACGAAAAAGCCACCAUUAGGGAAUGUUUGCACUGAAAUCAAAAUUACCACUUUGUUUUUAUUCUUUGGCGCAGCUGUAGCCAAAAUAAGAAGAUGGAAUCCUGGUGUAAUAAGGGAAAACUCUUCAGAUGUUAUUAUUAUCAACUCCACAAGCAUAUGUUAAAAACAUGUGUUUUAUAGCCCAGGAGAGUGGCAUUCAACUCUGUGUACAUUUUGUAUGCUUUUUUGUUUUAUCAAAUGUCAUUGCUUUGUUUGUAUUUUUCCCCUGAAGUACUAGUUCUUGGCAAGAGUCAGACUUGAAUGAUUUUGUCAUAAAUUUAAUUUUGUUUUGAGUAUUUAGUUACUGUGUACAAUCGCUAUAUAUAAAAGCCUGUACAGGAGGGGAAGUUGCAGUUAUUACUUAUGGUUUGUGAACUGCUUGAGUUAUGUUACCCUCUGCUGAGUCCAAAUGUGAAUAUUAUGGAAUGUUACAUUUGAUCACUUGUCCCUCUGAUGACCAUUGCUUUCAUUUGAAGUUAUAUUCAGUGUUUUUUAAAAUAUAGUAGGAGCAGCAAUUGAAUGGGAACUAGCUUUACUGUCCAUAUAAAUGUUAAAUGUCCAUAGUAUAUACAGUAGUGUUAGAAAUUUGAGCAUGAUUAAUUUCUAUCAUUUGAAAUUACUUUGCUACACCUACUUUUACAAAUCUAGCCUCUGCUUAUUUUGCAGUGUGCACUCACUCAAAGUACUAAAUGCAAUAAUCAACAAAGAAAGAAAAUCAGAUAUUUCUGGUACAUAUUCAAACAGAUCGGAUUUUAUGAAAGGGAGUUAAUUUUCUAUAGGCUAUGCUUGGGUUAAACAUAAUUAUUUUCCUAAAAGGACUGUAGAGGUUGAAAGGAAUUUCAAAUAUGCACAUUAAAUAUAUUUGACAUAUUUAUUUGCAGGAUACUGGCAACUUGAUAUCAGAUAAGGAUUCAAAAUAUUGGUGGCCAAAUGUAGAGUUCAAGAACUUAUUUGUGUAGAGGGACUCUAAUUAAUUCUGACUUGGCAAUCCUCCAUGUUUUUUCUAUCCCCAUACAACAUAGGAGACACUUUGUCCCAGUGAAUCUUUGCUGUCUCUCAGAGCAUUCCCAUCUAUCCCAACCCCGCACUUCUUUACUCUGUAAUAUAUUCUUUCUUACCCACCUGCCAAUUCCAACCACCCCCCAAUCCUCCUGCUAAUCAUCAACACUAGGGGCAAUCUCCAGUUGCAAAUUUACAUACCAGAAUGUCUUUGACAUUUAGAGGAAACACGUGCAGCCUCAGUGCAGACUGCAUGUGGUGAGUUCCAGAUGUUGGGACUGAAUCCAGGGAGCAGCUAGUUGGACUGUAAAGCUGGUUCUAUACAUUUAAUACUGCCUUUUGCCUGGAUUUUUAAAUAGAUCCCCAUUGCAACAGUGCAUUUUUGUUCCGUGACCUAACUCCAAAUAUUGCCAAUUCUUAAAGGAAUAUGGAGGGAUACAGUUGUUGUCAUUGGUCAGGUGAUCUUGUCAGGGAGUUGAAUCACUGUGGAUAGGUGAAGAUGGGAUGGCCAGAUUUUUUUAUUUAUCUAUCUUAUCUACCCAUCUAUUUAGAGAUACUGUGCAGUAACAGGCCUUUCUGGCCUAAUGAGUCUGUGCCACCCAAUCAUACCCAACUGACCUACUAACCUGUACUUUGGAAUGUUGGAGGAAAGCAAAGCACCCAGAGGAAACCCACAGUAAGUGCCUUAAUUGAUUGUGAAUGGGAAUUUGGAUCAGAUUACAAUGGAGGCUGAAAGGUGGGUUACUUGUAUUUUCAGAUGCAAUUAAUUUAAAUAUACCAUUAACUUAAAAUCAAUAUUUUUAACUGUGGGUGGUGAUAAAGCAGGUGUUCUCAAUCUUUUUAUUAAGCCAUAAACCAAUACCAUUAAGAAACCCUAUACUAAAGCCCAAAAAAAAUGCUAAGAAUUAAUGGUUGCUCCUAGCAGAAGGUCAUUGCUAAGUUGAGCACAUUAAAGUAAUGCAAGUUUCAAGGUCCUGACUGUAUUGUCUUGUUAACGCUGUCGGGUAGUGGUCUUUGAAUUACUGUAAUAAAAAUGUGAAUAUACAUCUCCAUGUUUAUUAUAAAUUAUCAACCGGU